GACGGCGGCAGAGGGCGCGGCGCGGGCCCCGGCGCCACCUUCUCCCGGACCGGGCCGCCGAGCCGCGAGCGAGAGGCAGCCGCCUUCCGGCCAGGAUCCAUCUGACAUCAGCAGUGAUACCCCUGGUUCCACGUCCUCUUCUGAAUCCGGCUUGAAUUUCUGGCAGCUCCUUGUCCAUGCUCUGCUGCAGCCGUUUUUGAAUGAUCUUCAGCAAAUUUUUACUUGUGUGUGGUAGAAUUCUCCUGUUUAGAAGCCAACAUCCAUCUGACAUCAGCAAUGAUAUUCACCUUGAAUUUCUGUCAGUUCCCUGUCGAUGUACUGCUGCAACUGACUGCGUUAUCUUCAGCAAAAUUUUACUUGCACGUGAUAUUAAUGAUAUUGUUCUAUAAUUUCUACAUUCUGUUGAAUCACCUUUCUUCUGGAAUGGGAACAAAUAUGGAUCUCUUCCAGUGGGUUGACCUGUUAGCUGUCUUCCAAACUUCUUGGCAUAGACAAGAAAGCCUUAACAGACAUCGAUAUUUGAAUUCUCUAUUUCCUAAUGAAAACUCUACUGCCUCCUAUGGAAUAAAUCAGUUUUCUUAUUUGUUUCCUGAAGAGUUUAAAGCAAUUUAUUUGAGAAGCAAGCCUUCCAGAUUUCCCAGAUACCCAACAGACCUACAAAUGUCAAUCACCAACGUAUCCUUGCCAGUGAGAUUUGACUGGAGAGAGAAGCAUGUUGUAACGCAAGUGAGAAACCAGAAGAUGUGUGGAGGAUGCUGGGCCUUCAGUGUGGUAGGUGCGGUGGAAUCCGCAUGUGCCAUCAAAGGGGAGCCUCUGGAAGACCUGAGCGUUCAGCAGGUCAUUGACUGUUCAUACAGUAAUUAUGGCUGCAAUGGAGGCUCUACUCUCAGUGCUUUGAACUGGUUAAAUAAGAUGCAAGUAAAACUGGUGAAGGAUUCAGAAUACCCAUUUAAAGCACAAAAUGGCCUGUGCCAAUAUUUUUCUGUUUCACAUUCUGGAUUUUCAAUCAAAGGUUAUUCUGCAUAUGACUUCAGUGACCGAGAAGAUGAAAUGGCAAAAGCACUUCUCACCUUUGGCCCUUUGAUAGUGGUAGUAGAUGCUGUGAGCUGGCAAGAUUACUUGGGAGGCGUGAUACAGCACCACUGCUCUAGCGGAGAAGCAAACCAUGCUGUUCUCGUAACUGGGUUUGAUACAACAGGAAGUACUCCAUAUUGGAUCGUCCGGAACUCGUGGGGGAGUUCGUGGGGAGUGGAUGGCUAUGCCCAUGUAAAAAUGGGAGCUAAUAUUUGUGGUAUUGCAGAUUCCGUUUCUGCUGUAUUCGUGUGAUAUGUUGGGCAUAUCAAGAGACAGUUCCAAAUAUUAAGCUUUUUAUAAUGAAAUGUAAAAUAGUACUUCAUUCUAAAGCAUCGUUCACCCUUAGGUUUCCACAACCCAGCGAGAGAAGGUUCCAGGGCCUUGUAGUGUUUGACCUGAGAGUGGUCCCCUCUUGUAGAGGGAUGGACAGCCAAAGUCAGCAGGAAGAACACCCGCACCCAUCAGCUGGCAGGACCUGUGAAACAGGUUACCACUCUGGUCCAGUUAGGAGACAUCUUAGAUCAUUUCAGCUUGAAGAGUCGAUAUUUUUUUGUUUGCUC